AUGCAAGAAAUUGCAUCAUCAAUCUCUUACUUCAGUGAGAAGGGAGAACUAAGUAGUAUAAUUGAUGCAGACAACAAACUGGGGUUAUCCGCACUGAAAUGUUGCCAAGAGCUUCUCCCCCUGGCGAUGGACAACCUCAACAGAUCCCUUACCUCAGACGACGAGGGAGGAGCGUUGUCCUCAACAUGCGCUGCAGGCACCACUCUGCAGACGUGCGUGGACGGGUUCGCGGACCAACCCCGGGUGAUGUUCGAAGCCGUGCACAAAAAACUGGAGUACAUCAUUGAUCUCAACAGAGUCGCCAUCAAAAUGAUGGCCAGUACUAUUACAAGUGAUGAUGAUGUUUUGAAUCCUGAAGACGAAUAUCCGGGUUGGGUGUCUGAUGGUGACAGGGACAGGUUUCUUCUGCAGGCGGAUUCCAGGAUGAUCCGUGCCGACGUUGUGGUGGCCAAAGAUGGAUCCGGGAAGUAUAGGACGGUAUCGGAGGCUGUGAAGGACGCGCCACGAUAUAGCAAGACGAGGUUUGUGAUUUAUGUGAAGAGUGGGGUUUAUGUAGAAAAGGUGAAGAUUGAUUCAGAUAGAUGGAAUGUGAUGAUGUUUGGGGAUGGGAUUGACAAAACCAUAAUCUCCUACAACUUGAGCCAUGGUGCUGGAUUCCAGACUUAUGAAACCGCCACAUUUACUGUGCAAGGACAGGGAUUCAUAGCCAGAGACAUGACAUUCACCAACACGGCCGGAGCAAUCAACCAACAAGCGGUGGCCCUCGUCUCACACUCGGAGCGGUCUGUGUUCUACCGGUGCAGCUUCAACGGCUACCAAGACACCCUCUACGCGCACGUGAACCGCCAGUUCUACCGGGAGUGUCAAAUAUCGGGCACGAUCGACUUCAUCUUCGGGGACGCGGCCAUGGUGAUACAAAGGAGCAGCAUCUUGGUGAGAAAGCCACUCCCGGGCCAACAAAACGCCAUCACGGCCCAGGGCAAGAUAGACAGGCUAUGCCGCACGGGGAUCGUGGUGCAAAGCAGCACCAUCCGAGCAUCACAAGACCUGAGAGGCGUCAGCACCUUCCUCGGGCGGCCGUGGAAGCCAUAUGCAACCGUCGUCUUCAUGCAGAAUAAUAUGUCUCGAUUGAUCGAUCUGAAGGGAUGGUUUCCCUGGAAAGCGGCUGAAUCUACGCGGAACGACACGGUUUUCCUAGCAGAGUAUUCAAACAGAGGGCCUGGCGCGCGGACUAGGGAUCGGGUGAAAUGGAAAGGAGUCAGGAAGAAUCUUAGCUAUGCCGAGGCGACUGGCUUCACGGUCGCCUCUUUUAUACUACAAAGGAACAAUUGGCUGCUGCCAACACAAGUCCCCUAUGAUUUGGCUCUUUAA